UUUUUCUCUCUCUCUACCUUCUUUCCUCUCUCCCUUUUGAUUUCUCUCCCAAUUUUUCCUCUUCCUCUUCCUCCCCUCCGAACCCUAACCCUAAUCCUGCGGUCUUUGAGAAAAUCCCCCCUUUGUAUGAAUCCUCACAAUUAUUAGAUAACCACCCCCAAUUUAAUCGAUCGAUUCGGUUUCUCAAUUUCUUGUUUAUUCAGUAAAAGGGAAUUUGAAAUUCCCCAUUUCUUUUAACAAAAUCAUUCAUGGCUGGCAUCGUAGAAGAAAGUAUACAAUGAUCGAAUUACUGGCGUUUCGUUUCAAUUGCAUGGGGUUUACGCAAUGCCAGAGCUUCGAAAAGGAGUCCGUAGAGGCCGCGCCACGAUAGCGCAGCAGCAGCAACAACGAGAGCAAAAGCAAACGCCGCAGCGGAAUCAAGGCCGGAAACGUGCUGCCGCGGCCGCGGCUGCUGAGGGAGGUAGGCCGAGGACGAGAUUGGCCGCGAAAAGAUUAAAGGAGGAGGAUCAUCGUCAGCUGGUAGCAGCUGCGACUGCUAGAGAGGAUCAUAAUCAUCCGGUGAUUGUGAUAUCGGAGAGGGAUAGUGAUAUUGAGAAGAAGGAGUUUGUAAAAGGUGAUUUAGAAAAGAAGGGUGCUGUCAUGGGGGACGAUAGCGGUGGGUUGAGCGCUAACAAGGCUGCUGGACAGGAAGAGGAGGGAAGUACUGCUCCUUUUCCAGAGAGGGUUCAAGUUGGAGGAUCACCUUUAUAUAAGAUAGAGAGAAAGCUUGGUAAAGGUGGAUUUGGUCAGGUAUUUGUUGGACGACGUGUUAAUGGUGGAAAUGAACGCGCAACUGGUUCUGCAGCCCUGGAGGUAGCUCUGAAAUUUGAGCAUAGGAACAGCAAAGGUUGUAAUUAUGGUCCUCCAUAUGAAUGGCAAGUUUACAAUGCUCUUGGUGGUAGCCAUGGAGUUCCCAAAGUACACUAUAAAGGAAAGCAAGGAGACUAUUAUGUGAUGGUUAUGGACAUGUUAGGGCCCAGCUUAUGGGAUGUUUGGAAUUCUUCAGGGCAAGCGAUGUCUGCAGAAAUGGUAGCUUGUAUAGCGGUAGAGUCACUGUCAAUCUUAGAGAAGAUGCACUCCAAAGGUUAUGUGCAUGGGGAUGUUAAGCCUGAGAACUUUUUACUUGGUCAGCCAUCUACACCACAAGAGAAAAAGUUGUUUCUUGUUGACCUUGGAUUAGCAACAAAGUGGAAAGAUAGCAGCAGUGGGCUGCAUGUUGAUUAUGAUCAACGUCCUGAUAUGUUUAGAGGAACUGUUCGAUAUGCAAGUGUUCAUGCUCAUUUGGGUAGAACUGCCAGUAGAAGAGAUGAUCUUGAGUCUCUUGCAUAUACACUCAUAUUCCUACAUCGAGGUCGAUUACCGUGGCAGGGCUAUCAGGGUGACAACAAAUCCUUCUUAGUCUGCAAAAAGAAAAUGGCAACAUCACCUGAAAUGCUUUGCUGCUUCUGCCCUCCACCUCUAAGACAGUUUCUUGAGAUUGUGGUGAACAUGAAAUUUGAUGAGGAGCCCAACUACUCCAAACUAAUAUCUUUAUUUGAGGGUUUGAUGGGACCAAAUCCAGCUAUAAGACCAAUAAACACUGAUGGUGCUCAAAAGAUUAUUUAUCAAGUAGGCCAAAAGCGAGGUAGGUUAAACAUAGAUGAAGAAGAUGGUCAACCCAAGAAGAAGGUUCGUCUUGGAGUUCCUGCUACGCAGUGGAUUUCAGUCUACAAUGCAAGACUUCCAAUGAAGCAGAGGUACCAUUACAAUGUGGCUGAUGCAAGGUUGGCUCAACAUGUGGAGAAAGGAAUGGCAGAUGGUCUGCUAAUAAGUUGUGUAGCAUCUUGUACCAAUCUUUGGGCAUUAAUUAUGGAUGCUGGGACUGGUUUCACACACCAAGUUUAUGAACUUUCACCUUCCUUCUUGCACAAGGAGUGGAUCAUGGAUCAGUGGGAGAAGAACUAUUACAUUAGCGCUAUUGCUGGUUCUAGCAGUGGAAGCUCCCUUGUUGUUAUGUCCAAAGGCACCCAAUACACUCAACAAUCUUACAAAGUAAGUGACUCUUUCCCCUUCAAGUGGAUAAACAAAAAGUGGAGAGAGGGUUUCUAUGUCACCUCGAUGGCAACUGCUGGAAGCCGAUGGGGUGUUGUUAUGUCUCGCAAUGCAGGCUUCAGUGAUCAGGUUGUGGAACUUGAUUUUCUCUAUCCAAGUGAGGGUAUCCAUAGACGUUGGGAUAAUGGUUAUAGAAUUACAUCAACAGCUGCAACUUCUGAUCAAGCUGCUCUAAUCUUAAGCAUCCCUAAGCGCAAACCUGGAGAUGAAACUCAAGAAACUUUACGUACAUCUCAAUUUCCCAGCACACAUGUUAAGGAAAAAUGGGCAAAAAAUCUCUAUCUGGCCUGUCUGUGCUAUGGAAGGACUGUAUCCUGAGUCAGUGACUGGUGGGAAUUUUUGUGGGGAGGAAAAAAUGGACCUUUUGAUGGCUCGAGAUUGAAGUAAUCUCCUAGUGGGUUCAGCUGCUGCCAAUGCUAUGAAGAGUUCCUCUCAGCCUCGAGCAAACCCAUAUUCAACCAUUUAAGACUGAUCACACUUUCACUUUGCCUCUCAACUCAAACAAUUCACAAAACCACCCAACUCCCAUGCCUAAGCAUCAUUCAAUUGUUUUGUAGGUUAUGAAUCUUACAUGGUUAUUUAACAAAUUUAGAAUGAUGAUUUCACAUAAAAAAAACGGUAUUG